ACUAUUUCAUUUACAUUGGAAAUUAAAUGGAUUUAAAGACUGUACAUAUACUUUGGCUAAAAGGCAUCAAAGAUAUAAGUAAAGUGGACGAAUGAUAGGGGAAACGUAGACAUUGAAUUCAUCUUUUAGCUAAAGUUUCCACUGGCGCGUGGAAACAAUUUUUGCGGAUUACACUUAAUUACACUUUUUAUGCGGAGUGUACCAUAGAUGCACGCAUUCAUUGCGCACGGAUGAACGUCACGAAGAAUGACAUUUAAAAUUUGCAGUUAAAGAUCAGACGAUAAGAACCUAUUUACGAAAUUGCGUGUGUGACAAUUACGUUACAUGGAGUGUUGAACGAGCUACAGAGUGCAUCAUGAACGUGGACAACGAUUUGGAUCAACAUUUGUUACACCAGUUCAGCUGUUUAGGUACAACUGACAAAGAAGAUCUGGUGAAGCAACUGCAGAGGCUACUGCCUGGUAGCCAACUGAACGAAACUACAGCCACGUUCUUUCUUGAUAUGAAUAACUGGAAUCUUCAAGCAGCUAUAUGCAGUUAUUUUGAUUUUGAGUCUCCGGUUCAAAAUAAAUUUCCUUGUAUGACAUUAAUAUGCGAUAGUACUAUUGGUGAAGGAGAAGCAAUACCACCUCUUACUAAUUUUCGAAAAUCAUGGCAUAUACAAAACAGUGGUACAGAAGCAUGGCCUGAUGGAGUUUGUCUACAAUACAUAGGAGGUGUACAAAUGGGAGAAUGUACACGAGUACCAGUUCCAUCUUUAGGCCCCAAAGAGACAACGGAAAUAAGCGUGGACCUACAGAGUCCUUCUGAUUGUGGUCUAUAUCAAAGUAAAUGGAGAAUGAUGGUGAAGUCUACAGAAACUUUUUUCGGAGAUGUUAUUUGGAUAAUGCUAAUAGUAAGUGAAAGUGGUACUUUAGCUGUUACUCAACAACUUCAUCAGUUAAGUACAACAACUGAAACAACUAAUGAUGUGACAACAUCAUUUAAUGAUGUAACAACAGACUCCCCUAUGAUAUAUCCCAAGGAUUUCCCUUAAAUUUAUUUUUAAAAACACUUUCUGAUUGUUUUAUAUUGAACGAGUGAAAAUAACAUAUUUGUUUAAAACACUGCUUUAAACAAUAAAAGUAAUAUUUUGCUAGUAAUGCAAAAAACAAUAUUU